AUGCGCAAACGGACAAUUACCUCGAGCGCAAGCGCUCUACUACUUCUCAUCGCUUCUCUCGUCAGCGCAAAACACAACGGGAUCCACGAACACCUCGAGGCCCUUCACAAACGACAUCGCGCAAACCGCGACCUGGCCGCUAGGUCAACGGCUGAGGAUGGAGAGCAAGGGGUGGAAGUAAGAUCGAUUCCAGAAAGUCAAACCUCUGCAAGCAGUUUGGAGAAGCGACAGGCGCAAUGUGCUUUUCCCACAGAUGCUGGUCUGGUCGCAGUCACCCCAGGAGAUGAGAAUGGCGGAUGGGCCAUGAGCCCAAAUCAGCAAUGUACACCAGGAACCUAUUGCCCUUACGCUUGUCCAGCCGGUCAAGUGUCUAUGCAAUGGGAUCCCAGCGCGACUUCUUACACAUACCCUCAGUCAAUGAACGGUGGAUUGUACUGCGAUGAGAAUGGCAACAUACAGAAGCCAUUUCCCAGUAAGCCAUACUGCCAGUCCACCAAUACCAACAUCGGCGUCCAAAACAAUGCUGGUAGCGUUGUGGCAUUCUGCCAGACUGUCCUUCCGGGAAAUGAAGCCAUGUUGAUUCCCACGUCCGUCACCGAUUUCGCGACCCUCGCAGUACCCGGUCCCAGCUACUGGUGCGAAACUGCAGCGCACUAUUACAUCAAUCCUCCUGGUAUCGGCACUGAUCAAGCUUGCGUAUGGGGAACCAGUGCUAAUCCUUACGGUAAUUGGUCUCCCUACGUUGCCGGGGCCAAUGUGGAUAACUCGGGGAACACGUUCAUCAAGCUCGGGUGGAAUCCUAUCUAUCUUGAGCCGGCCACACCUUUCCGCAAUCAAAUGCCAACUUGGGGUGUCAAAAUUGACUGUCCCAAUGGCGGAUGCUCAGGGCUACCAUGCGCAAUCGAUCCAUCCCAAAAUACGGUCAAUCAAAUGGUUGGAGAUUCGAGCAUCGGAGCAGGAGGUGGAGCCUUUUGCGUGGUGACCGUCGCGCAGGGCUCGACCGCCAACUUUGUGGUCUUCAAUGCCGGUGGUGAUACCAGCGAUAGCGGCAGCAGUAGCGGUUCCAGUUCGUCAACUACGUCGUCCAGUGCCAACAAUGCCGGACAGUUCUUUCAAACCACCAGCUCUUGGCAAUCACCUACAGCUUCUCAGUCGUCCUCUGAGUCACCUUCUAGCAAAGCAACAACCACUUCAAUCGAAUCAUCUACAGAGUCCUGGACUUACCCAUCGGUCGUAUCGACAAGUUCUGUUCCUACGGUAUCGGCUUGGACUGGGCCGACCACAUCAACCGGUUACUCCUACGCACUGCCAACUCACUCGCCAUAUUACUCGUUGUUCAACCAUACCACGUAUACGCCUCCCACAGAAGGAGUUACCUCAGCAGCCGUCGAAACAACCGCCGAAGCCACAGCAACCCCAUCCGGGCCAGCCUCGUCUACGGUUGCGCCGCUCUUGCCUGCCACCGGUGGCUCCUCGACGGUCCAACUCUCUCUUGUCAGCCUCUUCUCGGCCUUGGCAGUCUAUGCAGCUGUCAUGAUAUGA